AUGCCACCAAAAGCUACUCCUAAACCAACUACAGGUGGAAAAACUACAGCUGCUGCUGCAAAGGCACCUGCGGGUAAAGCUCCUGUUAAGGCGCCAGCAUCUAAGACACCAAAAGAGAAGAAGACCGGUGAUAAACCUAAAAGAAGAAAAGUUCGCAAAGAGACUUACUCAAGCUAUAUCUACAAAGUUUUGAAACAGGUCCAUCCUGAUACUGGUAUCUCAAAUAAAGCAAUGUCUAUCCUCAACUCGUUUGUCAACGAUAUCUUUGAGCGUAUUGCUGGGGAAGCUUCUAAACUCGCAGCUUAUAAUAAACGUUCCACCAUUUCUUCGAGGGAAAUCCAAACGGCUGUCCGCUUGAUAUUGCCUGGUGAAUUAGCUAAACACGCCGUUUCAGAAGGAACUAAGGCUGUGACAAAAUACACAAGCUCUAAGUAA